ACAUCAGGCCCAGUGAAGGACCCUUUGCAGCAGUCUAGCCUUACUCCUACAAUUAAUCUCCAUCGGACGGGAGCAUGAAGUCCUCCACAGCUGCCAUUGCUGUUCUCAUUGUGGCUGCCCUCUGCUACCAGGUCUCCUCAACUCCACUUGCUGUCGGGUCCAAUGGACGCUGCUGCUACAAAUUCUUAAACAGAGCACUUCCCUCGAGCAAGGUGAUGAUGUAUGAGUACACGGGAAGCAGAUGCCCCUACCGUGGCGUGAUAUUCACCACCUUUGAGGGGAAGAAGUGCUGUGCCAACCCAGAAGAGAAGUGGGUUCAAGAUAUCCUGAACGUGGAGAAGCACACAGAUGGCAGCAAGUGAGCUGUGCUCCAGUCCCUUCCAGCAUCACUGCAGCUGCAGCCCUCUCAUGAGCACCUCCCAUCACGGCCCUGCCACCUCCUUGUCCGUGCAUUUGGCAGACUGUUUGCUAUUGUAUAUACCCUUAUUUAUUUACCUAUUUAAGUGUGUGCAAAAGCAUUUUAAUUUAUUUGACUUCUUGGGGCAAACUUUUCACUGUAAUUCAUACUGAUUGUCUUUUGGUUGGCUUUGUGUCAUAAAAUCAAAGGAAAGCUG